CUCUGUUGCUGUGGGCCGAGCUGGACCGCCGCGGCGAUGAGCGCCCUCUGGUCGUCAUGACGCCGCGGUGACGCAUCAUGGAGGACCCUGGGUUAGACUCCAGUGGUCCGUCCACAGCCUCCCUGGGGACCAUGUCUUCAGAGUCCCGGUGUUCCAGGAGCUCGUCGGAACCUCCCAUCUCCAGAUGCACGACCUACGACUCCUCCGACAAACAAACGGACUCCCGGUGUUCAUCGGGCACUCCUGACUCGAGGCGUCCCUCAGAUAGUAUCUCCGGCACCGACUCCCCUCAGUCCCCGCCCCCUAGCUCUCUGGAGGUACCAGAUGACAAACGCAAGAGACGUCGCAGCAUCGAUAGUAGGGUGUCAAGAUGCAGCGUCAAUUCUACCAAACUGAAGAGUCUAAAGCAGCUGGCGGACAAGGCUGUAGAGCACCACAAGACGUUCACGAUCCUGGGCAGGUUCCCGUCCAUCAGGGACGCGCUGAGAGCCAGAGGCUGGGUGCAGAACUUUGACGCGCUCUCCCAGCAGCGACCCCAGCUGCCGAACUAUACGAGGCCCGUUCAUAAGGAUGAGGAAGGGAGUGGACCCCCUAUGAGUCCCACCUCAGAGGAGUCCGCUGACCGAGACUCUCAACUUAUCUCUCGUCUGCUGCGAGACACUCCUGUCAACUUCAUCUGGGCAAUGGGUGACUACAUAGACUGGAAGUACCUCAGCAAAUCUACCAUAGUCAGCCGCUUUCCUAGGGUCUACUUCACCACUAAGGUUGGGUUGUGCAACUACCUGCAGCAGACACAUUGGUUCUGUGAGGCCGGAGUGUCCAACACAUUGUUCCCCAGGUGUUACAACAUAGCCACUGAGGAUGACCUCAACGCCUUCAUCACAGACUUCCGCCUGACCGCCUGUCUAAGCCUGCUGCACCUACUGGUCCAGGCGAUAGACAAUGACCAGCCCGACACCUUCUCAGAGGACGGCAAGGUACCACUCACAGCUGUGGAGUUCGCAGCUCGACGUUGUACAGAGUUUGUGAGUAUUCAGGAACACGAAGACAUUGAUGUGAAGGAGACAGAACACAUCUGGGACCACCAAUGGGACCAGUUUCUCACCUGGUACUACCAGCUGUCCCAUGAACGUGCUGCGUUCCUACCAGCCACCGAGACACAGAGGAAGGCCAUCUACUUGUGCUCCAAGAUGACCAUAGAGUCGAUGAGACCUCACUGGCCCCAGAUGUCACUGGAUGGGACAUGUAACCUGUGGAUAGUCAAGCCAGGAGCCAAGUCUCGAGGUAGAGGCAUCCAAGUAUUCCGCAAACUAGAAGACAUCGUGGCUCGGGUGGGAACCCUCCAUUCGAAAGAUCCCAGAUAUGUCAUCCAGAAGUAUAUAGAGAAGCCUUUACUGAUUCACAACACCAAGUUCGAUAUCCGUCAGUGGUUCUUGGUGACCAGCGCCUACCCUCUGACAAUAUGGAUGUACAAGGAGAGCUAUCUGAGGUUCUGCUCUCAGCUGUUCUCCUUAAGUAACAUGCACGAGUCAGUCCACCUCAGCAACAACGCUGUCCAGUGCAAGUACAAGAACGCCAAGAGAGACCAAGCAUUGCCUGAUGAAAACAUGUGGGACUGCUACACCUUUCAGACAUACCUCAGGACUAUAGGUCAGGCAGAUAUGUGGGAUUCAGUAAUCUAUCCUGGGAUGAAGGAGUCCAUAACCGGAACCCUACUGGCAGCACAGGAGCACAUGGAGCAUCGCAAGAACUGUUUUGAGCUUUACGGAGCCGACUUCAUGCUCACUGAUGACAUGGUGCCUUGGCUCAUUGAGAUCAACUCGUCACCCUGUAUGUCUCCCACCACCAGCGUAACGGCACGCAUGUGCUCUCAAUGCCUUGAGGACGUCAUUAAAGUGGUGAUCGACAGGAGGCACAACAAGCACGCUGACACUGGGAUGUUCGAGAUGGUGUACAAACAGCACAUUUCACCACCCCAGCCUUACAUGGGGAUGAAUCUGACAGUGCGGGGUACUAAGAUACAACGCAGUCCAAAAACCAAGCGCAAGAGAAAACCUUCCUUGGAAACAGACUUACAGUUGAGUAUCUCGUGUACCAACACUGUCAAGAGCUUCAUCCAAGAUCUAUCGACAAAACUGACUGAGCCAUCGACAGAGCAGACCAAACAAGACACGACGCGAGGAGAGAUGUCUACAACCACUGCCGUUCCAUCCACACCUUCCAGCACCAACUCUACCUCUGACGAAGAGUCAACAGAUUCUGAUGAAAGUUUCGAAGUAAGAGUGAGUGACAAAGCGGUGAGUGUUCAAGAGAUGGGAACGCAAACAGGUGACAUAAUUCAAAACAUUCAAGGAGAGAAGCAAUCCCAGAUAAGCUCGAUGUCUUCUAAACCACCAUCGAGGGACAAUCAAGACAGCAAAUCCUCAGAAAACAAAGAACCCAAGAAGAAAUCCCAUCAUGCCAUGUGUUGCAAGCCUACAGAGAGUCUGGUACCGAGAUUCUUCAAGGCGGGAACAAGGUAUAACAAAACAAAUCACCUUCGAUUGUGGAAACGCAGUACAGAAGCUGCCCAAACCAACGUCCUUCUGAAUGAUUGGAAAGAAAGGAUCGACAAGACAAGAGCAAAUUGUGAGGAAAUGUUGACCAAAUUGAAAGUUUUAAGGGAUAAAGAUUACAACAUUCCGGUUAAGAAAGGGAUCAAUUGGAAAGCGGAGAAUGGCACAGUGGAGGAAAUUGUUAAAAAGUUGGCUCAACCACAGAAGAAAGAGUUUCUUGAGCGGCUGCCUAUAGUGAGGGAGAGCGUGCAGAGGAAAUCACUUUGUGACAGAGAUACCCAGGGAGGUCCCAAAUCCAGGUCGUCUUCCACGUCACCCUUCGCCUCGCGCCACGUACUGCCUCAGAUCAAGGACAGGACACACUCGUACUCCACUGUUGAGAACAACAACUUGUUUGCCGUCGGACUCAGCUUGCAGUGUCAGAAGUCAAGCUACUCCCCUCGUGAGAAGCUAUUGAUGCCCAUGGGAUCAGAUCACUACCUCGGACUGUCUCUGGGUUCUCUUUCCAAUGCCCUUGCAUCGUCUUAGCUGUUCUAAAUGUAGCUUUAACGUUACUGUGUUCAUUAUUGUAAGUCUGAACCAUAUAUUGUUCUGUUUAUACAGGGUGGAAAAAAG